AUGAAGUUUCAUCAAUUGAGACUAAUGGAUGUUUCAUAUUCAAAUACUUAGUUAAAGCAAGAAGAUCGUCAAAUAAAAACAGAAAUUGGAAAUUUAAGCACAUCUAGAGUAAAACAGGAUUCAAAUAUUAAUAUAGGCUAAAGGAGCAGUGAUAAAACAAUUUGUUACAGAAGAUAAUGAUACAGGUAGAUCAUGUAAUAAUGAAAAGGAAUUAUUUAAGAAAAUGCAGAAUUUAGAAUUUUAGAAUGGGUUAUUUUAAAUGCAAAUGUAAAUUCAAUAUAUUUAAAUUUAAUAGGUAGCAUAUUCAUAAAAGAAAGAAUUUAGAAGAUUUCACUAUCAGAUAAUAAUUAUCAUAGAUUUAACAAGAUAUUUAGAGUAUUUAAAAUAGAGUGUAAUCUGUUAAAGUAAAUAAUGAUAAAAUGUUCGUUAAGAAUAAAAGCAGCAGAAAGAAGAUAAACAUAAGUUCAUCAUCAAGCAGUAGUGAAGAUGCAAGAGCAUUGUCGAUUGGGUUUAAUUAUAAAAAUAAGUAUAAAUUUUAUAGAAUAAAGCUAGGAUUAAAUGCUUUCAAAUUAUAAAGAAUUAUUUGACGUUUGCAAUGGACAUGAAAAAUUAAGUGGAUUGUUUUCUAAUUAUUGUGGAAGCAUAAAGACAAUAGAAAUUGAUAUAGUUUAAUAGAAUUUCUAAUUACUAAUAUAGUAAUUAAUAAAGAUGAUGAUUGAUAUAUUAAGAAGAUUUAAUUCAAUAAAGAUAGAUUAAUUGAAGAAUACACCUGAUAAAUAAUAAUGUAAUUUUGAAUUUGGUACAUUCAAUAAGGAAUAAAAAAAGACUUUAAGGACUACUGAGAGUCCAUCUUUUAAAAAGAAUCAAGAUUUAGAAGAAAUGAAAUUAAUAUUAAAUGAUCAUUAUGAUAAAUAUGAAUAAGAAAAAGAGAAUAGAGGAUAAGAUAUAAAUAAAAAGUAAGAUAAAAAUGUAUAGAAUCAAAAGAAAUAAAUAAUUAAUAAUAAUAAUAAUAAUAAUAAUAAUAAUAAUAAUAAUAAUAAUAAUAAUAAUAAUAAUAAUAAUAAUAAAUAAAGAAUUGAUUUAAUCCCAAGUCUAAAAAGGAAUGCCAAACUUAGAUAAUAAUAACAUAAUAUUUGA